AUGGCCAACAAUUCGUCACAUUUUCCUGGUUUCAAUGCACUAUCAUUAGCCAUUGUUGUCACUACCACAGCUGGGGCACUGCUACUUAUCUACCAUUUCAUCCUCAUCCGUUGCUGCUCUAGAAGGCAAACCGUCAUUGCCCAUCAACAAAUGCCGCAAAAUUCACUGUCUCUUGGUGACCAUUUCGACCAAGAAGUGCCACCGAACAGCAUGGAAGAUUCAAUCAGCGAACUCAUCCCCGCUUACAAAUUCUCCAAAGACAUGGGGUUGGUGUCAAAAUCUGAAGACGUUACUUGUGCGAUAUGUUUAUGCGAGUUCAACGAUGGCGAAGCCAUUAGGGUUUUGCCUGAAUGUUUGCACUCCUUUCACGUUCAUUGCAUUGAUAAUUGGCUUUACUCUCACGCAAAUUGCCCGCUCUGCCGAGCUGAUACACCGGUUCAUCACAUCGUUGAGCGGCUGCCGGCAAAUAGUAGCAUGGGAAAUGUCAUAGGCCUGUGA